UGGGACGAAGGGGAGGUGGUUCCCGAUUUUAACGAAAACGUUUAGUAAGGGUGGGGAGAAGGGAUGACAGGUAGAAAUGUAAACCAGGAGGUAGGAAAACUUUUGAAUUUUGGUACGCUAAUGAAUGGCGACCACCUCCAUCCCCAUCCCCCAACCCACAUCAGCCAGCGGUUGCUAUGUGUGCUCCAGCCCUUGGUGUGAUGAGUACUCGACUGAUCUGUCAAGUAUUAAACAGCAAUGAGCAGCCACGGCCUUGGGAUUAAUACCUUAUCGGACGGUACUGUAGAACUCUGGGAAUAAUGUGAAAAUGAGUUUGCUGGGAUCUGUCCGCAAUUUGUUGCUGGCUCUUUGUCUGAUGCUGGUCUUGGGAUUUCUCUACUAUUCUGCUGGAAAGUUACAUUUGCAUGGAUGGGGACAGGAACCACAAUAUGAUAGACUGGGAUUUCUGCUGAAGUUAGAUUCCAAAAUGGAACUGGAGAAUCCAGUGGUGGACAACAGAAGAGAUGGCUGUGCAAAUGCCGAUACCCACAAAGACAGACUUUUUAUUCCUUCCCAACCCACAUUGGGCUACAUUCGCUCAACAGAUUUGACCUACAGAAAUGGAAAUAACACUGAAGGUGGCUGUAGAAAAGGAUUUGCCUCUGCACAGAUGACAGCAAUAUUCCCAAAAUUCUCAAAACCAGCACCAAUGUUUCUCGAUAACACCUACAGACGUUGGUCGAAACUCAAAGAUUUUGUUCCUCCAUUUGGAAUCAAAGGACAAGAAUCAGUUAUACAGAAGAUUCUGGGAAUAACUAAACAUUAUACUUUGACUUCAUAUCUGGACAGUUUAACCUGCAAACGAUGCGUUAUCAUGGGCAAUGGAGGAAUAGUGGCCAACAAAUCCCUUGGGUCAAGAAUUGAUGAAUAUGAUGUUGUAAUAAGGUUAAAUGAAGCUCCUGUGAAAGGUUUUGAAAAGGAUGUUGGGGCAAAGACAACUCUUCGAAUUACAUAUCCAGAAGGUGCCAUACAAAAACCAGCUCGGUAUGAGAAGGAUUCACUAUUUGUGUUUGCUGGAUUCAAACCUCAAGACUUCAAAUGGUUGAAAUACAUUGUUUACAAAGAAAAAGUGAGCCCAUUGGAUGGUUUCUGGAAGUCUGUUGCCACAGUUGUCCCUAAGGAGCCCAAAGAGAUCCGGAUUCUGAAUCCUUAUUUCAUCCGUGAAGCAGCUUUCACAUUUAUUGGCCUUCCAGUUAACAACGGGAUGAUGGGUCGUGGGAAUAUCCCAACACUGGGUACAGUGGCAAUAACAAUGGCAUUGCACAAUUGUGAUGAAGUGGCAGUGGCUGGGUUUGGCUAUGAUAUGAAUGCUCCAAAUGCACCCCUUCAUUACUAUGAGAAUGUUAAGAUGUCAGCCAUUAAAGAGUCAUGGACUCAUAAUAUUGGAAAAGAGAAAGAGUUCCUUAGGAAAUUGGUGAAAGGGCAAGUGAUUACAGAUUUGACAGCUGGGAUUUGAGGCAAUUUUACUCCAAUCCCAAAAUAAAAGUGAGAAGAAGAAAGACACAAAACCAAACAAGAAGAGGAGGCGCUUGUGGGCUCUGAAAACCUCGACUAAGGAUACAGUUGUCCCACACUACCAGAAGACUGCACAUCUCUGAAUAAAGGCAUUCGUCUAUCAUCUUGCAUCAACUUUAUAUUGAAGGGGGAUUUCUGUGCAGUUACACUUCAUUGCUCAGCUUUAGAGUGCAAUGAAAAAAGAAAGACACUAAUAGAUGUGCCAUAAUUACCUCUGGAGAAAGAAGUGCAACACGAUUGUUGAGGUAUUUCUCUUUUAUAGGUUGAAUGUAAAGACUUUCAUAAGCUGUAUGAACAAACAGUUUUACAUUGUUUUAUUUUAGUAUUAUUUCUUCUCUCUAUCCCGAAUUUUGUGACACUGGCUGUUCCAUCCCAGACUUGUCCAUUAUUGCUGCUAUUCCUUUUUGGGGUAGAGGAUUUUUUUUUUUAAACAGAUUGUUCUUCAGGAUAAAGUUUAUCCAUACAGAACAGAAGCUGUGAUAGAGGUUAGGUAUGAUCAACCUCUUUUGAUUUUAAAAGCAGAAAAUCAUGUAUUGGUAAUAUUUUGCUGUGUCAGUGCUGGCGUGUUGCUAUCACUCGUGUGUGCAAUGAUCAGAAGAAAGUGCUCCUUCGAACGGUUUUAGUAACUGGAACUCAAACUUGAAACAUAAACCUUCAGCAAAUAUGCAUUCUUCUCAGUUCAGAUAACUGCUUAUAAAGCAUUUUUAUAUCAAUACAAGUCGAUCAUGUCACAACAAAGAACAAUUCAUGCAGAGAACUGUUUCAUGUGCUUGUGUUGUGCCACAGUAUUAUUGAUUUGAAUUGCAGUGUUUCUGACUCAUGUCAUGCCCUGGUACAGUCACAGCUUUCAAGACUUUGGAAGAACAUUUCUCAGCUGAAUCCACAUUUCUUUCAGGACUAGCAAGUAAACUACACGAGGUGGCGUUAUCUCCCCGCUAUUCAACAAACUUUGGCCAGGUGUUACCUUCACCACUUUCUUUUUGGCAGAAUAUAAUGAUUUUUAAUACUCCAGCAGUACUUAUGAACAAUGUUUCUUUUAAUUUUUUUUCCUUGAUGUUUAUUGAGCGAACCUUAUUGGUACAGAAUAGAUAGCUCUGAAACAGAAGAAGAACACUCAUUGUUUGUUCUGAUACUAAUAUAACCUGUUAUAGAACUUUCCUGUUAAAUACAUUAGAGUUUCAUGUUGCCAGCUUGUCUAUUUGCCAUGCCAUGCCUGAUAUGUAAUUGAUACUCCCUCACUGGGGAUUUGAGUACAAAGUAAUCUGGAUUGUGGUCAUUGUUUAGCAAAACACUUCCCCUCCAGCCACUUAAACAUUUAUUUCUUGUUUCAAUUUCCAUGUCUCUCCUUUAUUCCUUUCACCAUCAGUUACAUACAAUGCAUCAUCUCAUAACUGGGCAGGUCUCAAAAUUGCAACUGUCCCCAUCCUUCUGUAACAACUUGUAACAAAUUAUCCAAUAGAAUGCAGUAUACUGUCUAUUCGUGCAUAAAUAUCGAGAUGCCAUAUUAAGUGUAUCAACUUGAUUUUGGAAUUUGUCAGCUCUAAUUCAGGAAAACACAUAACAAUUCUACUUAAUCCCAUUCUUAAAUAUAAUGGAGGAAAAUAUUUCCUGAUUUCACCUGCAGCCAAUUUAAUCAGAUACUCAUUGACUAGAGUUUUGAGUGGUCUAUACAAACCUAUAGAUUUAGCAUAUGGCAAUUUGUUUGAAUUUUUUAUAUGGUUGAGGAUUUUCCUAAAAUUUAAGCUGGCAACUUCAAUAUGCCCAUUCAAAUAUGAUUGAAUCUUUAAUUGUAACAGCCCUGGAAAAGAAAUUUCAUGUAACCGUUAUAAAAGGUACAAACUCUUUCUCUGCCUUAGUAGAUGAUAUGAGAUCUGAAAUGGAAAUACCACGGCAGUAAACUUCCCAUGGACUCAGUAUUUCAGAGCAAAACCAGCAGAGCCAUUUGGCCGUGAUUUGUUAAAUGUGUUCUCAACAACAAGAAAAAUAACUUUGCAAUUUAGUUUUUCACUAAGAUUUGAAUCCUGUUUCUAGUAGUUAUUCUGAAUAUCAUUUGCUGCAUAUUAUCCUGUUAUAGUCAAGUUAUUCUUUCUCAAUUCUUGGGCAUUCAUUAGAUCCAUGCUGCCCAAUUAUCUGUUGUUAGCAAACUUCAUUAGUUCAUAGAAAUCUCUAAAUUUGAAAGAACAACUGGUAACUGACCAAAGGUCCAUGUGAUAGUUCACAAAGUCUUUCUGUCUCAUUGUGUUUUUGAUUUAGGAUAGUUCUAGUGUCAGACUGGAGAUCAUGUAGAUCAUGCCACAACAAAGAACAAUUCAUGCUUUCUGUACAUGUGACCGGUUUUCUCCCGGGUUUCAAAAUAUAACUCCUCAUGAAUCCAACCUUAGUGAUAAAUUCUAAUGAAGACGAGGAUAAAGUAAAGUGAUAUAUUGUUGACCUACAUGUUCAAAAUGUUAACAAAUAAAUAUGAGAACAGAAUUAGCUGAAAAUGAUAAUUAUGUGUUGGACUUCUAGUUUCUCCAUUUUGAAACUAAUAGAGAAUUUAAGAAGCUUUAAUAUUCAUUCAUGCCUUUCAAAGGCCCUGGCUAACAGUUAAGCCUUGUCUCUGCAGGCUUGACCAUUACAGAAUUGUUUUUAAAAGAGAACUCAAACUCUUAAUGCUGUCAGGAUUAGAUGUAAGCGACAUUGAAGGUGAACUGUUACAGAUCUACUUGAACGGUAUUUAAAUAAUGUUGUCCUCUUGACUUCAGUUCCAUAAUUCUGUCAGGCAUGAGGAUCAGUCAGCUCAUUUGGCAGGAUGGCUGCCCUAUGAUGUAGAGUGAAGCCUAGUGUGGGUUCGCGCAUUGGCUGAGGCUACCAUGGAGGAUUCUCCUUCUCAACUUAUCCUACUACCUGAGGCAUGGUGACCCUUGGGUUAAAUCAUCAUUAGUCAUCUCUCUCCAAUAAGAGCCGCCCUCUGAUCCUCUGGGACUAUGGCGACUUUACCUUUGCUCCAGGCAUGAAUGUGGUUUUGCUGGUACCAGACUGCAGAUAAUUGGUGAUGCUCCAAAUAUUCCUGGAUUAAAUGCCCAGAUAUUCAGGCAGUGUACUUUGAAAACUUGGCUCAGUUUUCAUACACAGUGCCUCUUAUUUAGAGAACUAGCAUCAGUUUGACAACUAACCUUUUCAAGCUUCUUGUUCUAUAUUCUCUUUGCAUUGGUGUCAAUUGAUACAAUGACACAUCAAUUAAAUCAUAAGAAAGAGGAGCAGCAAUCGGCCAUUUAGCCCAACGAGCCUGUUUAACUAUUCAGUAAGAUCUAAGCUGAUCUGCUUUCUAGCUUAACUUCACUUGUCUGCCUAUUCCCCAUAACUUUUGUCUCUCUUGUCAAUUAAAACUCUGUUCAACUCAGCUUUGAAUAUAUUCAAUGACCCAGGCUCCAUUCCUGUGUGUAAAGAGAAUUCUAAAGACUAGAAAUCAUUUAAGAGAAAAAGUCUUCCUCAUCUCCCUUUAUCUUGAGACUCUGCUCCCUUGUUCUAGAUGUCCCCAUAAGAGGAAACAUAGUGUCAGCAUCUAAUCUCCCACAGGUUCUUACAUGUUUGAAUAAGGCCACCUCUCAUUUUUCUAAAUUCCAAUGAGUAUAGGCCCAACCUGCUCAGUCUUUCCUCAACUCCUUCGUCCCAAUAAUCAGCCUAGUGAAUCUCCCCUGAAUUGCUUCCAAUAUACAUAUAUCCCUGCUUAAAUAUAAGGAGACCAAAACUGCACACUGUAUCCCAGAUAUGAUUUCACCAAUGCCCUCUAUGGUUAUAGCAGGACUUCUCUAUUUUUAUACUCACCUUGCGGGUACAAACAUCAACAUUCUAUUUGCCUGCCUAUUCAUGAAUAAGGUCACCCAGAUCCCUCUGUAUUGCAAUAUUUUGCUUUCUCUCAAUUUAAAUAGUAUUCUGCUUUGUUGGCAAUGUAGGAUGCCAAUGCCAGUCUUAUGUCAUACUUCUGAGGUUGGAGUCACUUGACCCAAAACUUUAACUCUGAUUUCUUUCCACAGAUGCUGCCAGACCUGCAGAGCUUUUCCAGCAAUUUCUGUUUUUACUUACUUCAUACUAGAUUUAUUUGCAGCCUGCAAUAUGACAGAUUCUCCCAAACCAUUCUCUACUGUCCUGUAAGUCUUUCCUUAUACUAUUUUUAAGUAAAACAAAGCAUCUAUGUAAAAAAUUUGAGAAACUGAAGAGACAUAAAAAUCACAGUGAAAAUAUAUUGGUUUAAAAUAACUUUGCCAGGACUGAUAAUGCAUUCUAGUCACUGCAUUGAACAAUCAUCUCAACUGCCCACUGCUUGGACCAGUGGAAGCUAUCUUGACCAGGCCUAGGAGCAAGUUAGCAAGGACAUACUCCAUCUUGUCUGUGCCCCUCCUUAUCAGAUAGCCAAAGGUCAGGAGCAUGGAUGGAGCUGAUAUACAGACAAAACUUGAAGUACAUCUCACUGAAAAAGUGAAAUAGGUUGUGUGAUGUUGCAGCUUCUGUAUACACAUGGAAUACAGAUUCCUCAAGCUUUAAAAAAUAUAAGUAGUGUGAGAGUCCAAGAACCAUCUUAAUUUUUGUUUCACAGGAAUGCUGCAUGCUGCAUGCAACACCUAUCUAAACAAAAUACCCGUUAAUAAAUGAGUCUCCCAUUGGGGCUCCCAAUUCUUCCAGGUGGCACAUGGUACACCAUGGCAUGCCCAGAUGGUUCACAAAGGCAAAACAUGAAGAAUAUGCAGCAGUCGCAGCCAUAGGAAGUCAUAUCCAACAGAGAAGACUUUCUUUAUCUGCAAUCAUUGCCCUUCAUCUGUGUAUCCUUGAUAAUAUAAUUAAAGUGUUUUUCUAUUCUUUCUUCUAAAGUGAACAACCUCGUUUUUUCCUCCAUUCUAUUCUCCCUACUAAAUUUGUGCCUGUUUAGUUAACCAAUCUGUAUCUUUUGCAAUUUCUUGGUAUCUUCCGUUCAACUUGUUUUCCUAUUUAUUUUUGUAUCCUCAGCAAAUCUGACUACAGUACAAGUCAUUGAUGUUGAUGGUAAAUAUUUGAUGCCUCAGAACUGAUCCCUCAAGCACCCAUUGGUUGCAGUUUGCCAACAUGGAGAUGAUUCAUUUGUUCUAACAUUGUAUUCUGUAUUCCAUUAGUGAGCUGAUCCUCUAUCCAUGCUAAUGUAUUAUCCCCUACAAAAUGAGCUCUCAUCAUGUACACGAAGCUGGUAUCUUGACAAAUGCCUGUUCAAAAUCUAAAUACACAAUAUACACAAUGGUUCUGUUUUAUCCAUCCUGCUUGUUAUAUCCUCAAAUAGCUCUAAUAAAUUUGUCAAUCAUGAUUUCACUUUCACAAAACUAUGUUGAUUCUAUCUAACUUUAUUAUGACCUUCUAAAUGCCCUUCUAUUCACAUCUUAAUGAUGGACUAUACCAUUUUUCCAUUGCCAGAUGUUAAACCAACUGGCUUAUAGUUCCCAAUUUCUGUUUCCUUGCUUUCUUGAGCAGUGAUGGUGCAUUUGUGGAUUUUCAAUCACUGGGAUCUGUCCAGAAAUUUUGGGAAUUUUGGAAGAUUGCAGACACUUAUGUGGGUGGCCAAGAGAAAUGGGGUCCUUGUCUCUCUUUAAUGCCUUAGUUUUUUGUGCUACGUAUUCUUCAAAUAGCAUGAUUAUUUUAAGUUCUUCUCUUGUUUUGCCUUGUAUUUGUCAACUAUUCUUAGGAUGCUUUAUAUGUCAUAUCGUGUGAAAUGUAAAAUUCUGCCAUUUCCUGGUUUUCCCCAUUACCAUGGAUUGAAGUUUGGUUAACACAUAAAAGGCGGAAAGCCAGGUUCAUGGAUCUUUUUCGGGUUGGAGAGACACAAGUAGUGAUGUCUCACAAGGAUCAGUCCUAUUAUUUGUUAUCUUUAUUAAUGACUUGAACGAAAGAGAAGAAUAUAAUUUUUCUGAUGAAACACACUAGGACGAAGGAAUGUGCAAUGAAGAUACAAGGAAUCUGCAAGGGUGUUAUGGAUAGGUUGAGUGAUUGUGCAAAAUCUUGGCAGAUAAAAUUUAACAUAGAUAAGCGUGAUGUUAUUCAAUCUAGUAGAAUCACAAAGCAAACUAUAAUUUAGUGGCAAGACUCUCCCAAAACAAAUGUAGCACAGAGGCAUAUCAGUGAUCUUGGGCAUGAAACAAAAAAAAUUAUCAUGCAGAUGCAGCAAGUAAUUAAAAAUGCAAAUGAAAUGUUUGCCUUCAUAGCUAGGGGGUUGGAGUUUAAAAAUAGGAAAAUCUUGUUAGAACUAAAUGAGGUAUUGAUUAAGCUGCACCUGAAGUACUAUAUACAGUUUUGGAUUCUGUAACAAAAGAUGUACCAGCAUUUGUGGUAUUUCAAAAGAGAUGCAUGAGGCUGAUUCCUGGAAUAAGGGGAUUGAUUUAUCAAGAACAGUCAACAGAUGAGGUCACAUUCAUUAGAGUUUAGUAAAAUGAGUGAUUUUAUUCAAACGUACAAGAUUCUGAGUGGGAUCAACAGUGUAGAUAUUGAGAAGAAGUUUCCACAAUUGGGGAAAUCUCAAACGAGGAGAUGUAGUUACAAAAUAGGAGGACAUUCAUCUGAAACUGAGAUGUGAAGAAAUAUCUUCUCCCAAAGGAUAUGACAGUCUGAAAAUCACUUUCCCAAAGGAUUGUGAAGGCUAGAACAAUGGGAGUAUUUAAAGAAGAGAUCGCUUGAUAUUUGAAAUAUGGGGGAAUUGAGGGCGAUGAUAAGUUGGCACAAAAGAGGAGUUGAAGCUGGGAACAGAUUGGCCAUGAUGUUGUUAAGUGGUGGAGCAAGCUUAAGGGGUCAAAUGGCCUAAUUCUGCUCCUGUUGCUUACGUUUUUGUCUUGCACUGAAUCCUAUCAUUUCGGAGAGCUGUACUGUUUGACACUCCCAACUUAUUUAUUUAUUUUCAAUUCAUGGAAUCUUUUCACUUUGAUGGCUCAUGCUGAAAUGUGUUAUUCCUCUUGUCCUGUGCUGAAUUGGGAUUCCUCAAGCCACAGUAUUUGUGGAUAUCAACGAAUUCCUGUUCUAAUGUCUCACUGGUUUACAAAUAAAUAGCUUAGUUGUAAUCCUUACUAAGGGUCUGUUUUACAUCAUCAGGAGGGGACUUGAGAAGGAAUUUAAAUAAGCUUGAGAAAUGGGCAAAUUGAUGCGGCUAGAACUGAACACGCAGAACUGAUGAUGAUUGAUAAUUUUAAAACUAAGGAAAGUAAACACUUGAAAGCUGGAGCAGAAUUCUGUAGUGGAUUGAAUUUAAUAAAUAUACUAUACCAGUGAAAGGGUUAAAUAUAAUGUAUAAUACAGCAGAUGUUAAGUAGCUAUUAUUUCAUUCUUUCAUAGGAUGUAAGUCUUGCUGACAAGGUCAGCAAUUGUUGCCCUGCCCUAAUUGCCUCUUAACUGAGUGCUUUGAUUGGCCAAUUCAGGGGACAGUUAAGAGUCAACUACAUUACUAUGGAUCUAAAGUCAUGUUUAGGCCAGUCCAGGUAAAGAUGACAGACUUCCUUCCUUCAAAGACGUGAAUGAACCAGAUGGUUUUUUAUGGCAAUUGAUGUUACCUACAUGGAUGUCAUUAUUGACCCAGUUUUAUAUUCCAGUUUCUUUUUAUUAGCCAAAUUUAAAUUCCAUCAUGAUGUUCUGCAAAACGUUAAUUUUGGUGUCUGGAUUUCUUGUCCAGUGAUAUUACCACCAUCCCACUAUCUUCACCCGUCCCCAACCCAAAAGCAAAAUGCACCAGUCCAGAUCUUUGGAUUUUCAGAUGAAUGGAGACCAAGCCAUACCCUGAAAGGCUGUCUAUGGAACCCCUUGAAACACCUGUGUAUUAACUCCAUGGGAAUUGUCAGGAAAGUUUGAACAAUCCAAUGGAAAGUUUCCAAGUGUAGAGAAACCCUAGUUUAACUCCUGGGUAACUUCAUAACUGCUUUUCUCCUGCCUCAUCAAUUCUCACUCUACCUAUUACCCUAGCUACCUACCACCCUGGCCACCUGCCAAAAUACCCACUUGCUUCACCCAUCCUACCAACUUGAACAAUCCCCUUGCCUACCCUACCCAACCCAUUUAACUUGUAACCUUACCCACCCUCCUCCCUUAUACAAUUGCUUUAUCCACCAUCCUCCUCCCCCACUCCCUUUAUUUACUUCACUUUUGGGACAAUUAACCUCUUCAACCAGAAUAUGGCCAAUGUUAUUGUAGGAAGAGGAUGUGAUUUCCUGUCUGCUAUGAUCUGUCCAAAAUCUGUAGCACUGAAUCCAUUCUGAAGAAUCUUCUAUUGGAAGAUCACUCAGGAAUAUCGGACGAAGGUAAGUUUUUUUUUUGUCUGAUGAAGCUUGGAAAUUAGAUUUCUGAUCCUGAUCAAAAGAUCUGGGCCACGUUUCUGUUGCCUUUGUGUUUGCUGUGAUCUACUCGGGAAUUCCCUGACCCUAGGGAUGUUUAAAGCUUAUUUGCUCUGUAGUGCUGCAGUGAAUGGAAAAUACUUGUAUUUUUGACUACUGCAACCAUGUACAAGCUAACAUUGCAAUAUUAGUGACCAAAUCACAAUUUAUUUUGGAUAAAGGUGUGAGUAGUUCUCUCAGUUAUUGCAUUAGCACUUGCAACUGUUAAUUUAAAUAUUUUGAAGGAAUAAUCUGAAACUGGUUUUAAAUAAUCACUGUUUUAUGUGGCAAGCAAAGAUUCCAUCUAUCAAUGCUCAUAAAGUACCCAUUUUUUAACCAAAGAUUUGUUAUAAUUUUAAAACAUUGUUAAUGGCGGGUCGGUAUUGCUAGCCAGGCCAACUAUUAUUGCCCAUAUAAUCGUAUCUUACAGAAAGAUAUUACAGUUGGCAAAUCUGUUUGAGUGCUGAUGAAGCUCAAGUACCUGGACACACAGGGACAUCAUAGUUCCAAAACCAUCAACGAUAACAUAUUUUGUAUGAAUCAUUUUACCCAUUCUUUAGAGAAGGAAUUACUUAGCCUGCAAACUAACAUAGAAAAUAGCAACUUUGACUUAUUGUUCCUCUCCCCAUCAUUAAUGAUCUUACUGAUUCCAUUGUCAUUCAGUAGGAGCAUGGUGAAAACGGAAAGUAAACUGUUAUUGGAUGAAAAUUUAUAACAGGAUAACAUCUGGUAGAAAGCUGAUCAUUCCCUAGCCUCCUAGCUAAUCCUAAUAGGUUAUAAGAUGACAUUUUAACCAAGGCAAAAAGACUGCUGACAUCAACCAUGCUGGUCAUGUGCAUUGGUGAUUUAAACUUCUUUAGUUUGAGCCACUCCAUAGGUUCUUGGUCUACGAACCAUUCCAUGCUGCAUUUAAAUGAAGGAAAUAUUCAACCUCUGCAGCAAUUUUAUUUAAGUACAAAAGCCAUCACGAUGGCCCGUUGAUAUGUAAAUUACAAUUUAGCAUUCUUUCACAUUGUAGAUUACUGUUUUGGCUCCAAAGUUACAACUGAGAACAUUGCCCCACAACAGUUAAACUAUCCUACACAUUGGACCCCAGGUUAUUUUUAUGGUCUAACCCUUGGUGUCCCCCAAUGUUGACUUGCCUGCAGUCAGCUUUCUUUAAGCUUUCUGCCAAUUUUAAUGUGAUUUAGUUUCAGAAAAUGUGAAUGGGUUGCCCAGGACCGACAAAUUAUUCCUCAACAAACCAUUUAGGAACUGUGUGACCUAUCCAAUCACAUAGCAAUCAUCAAAUCUUAGGAAAAUGAGAGUUUGAGCCAUUGUCAAUCAUCCUGUGGUUCAUAUUUUGAUGUUAUGUUGCACUGCCACACAGAUUAACCCAGUUUCUGUGUGGCAGUUAAUGAAGGUAACAACCCUAUCUCUCAUCUCAUUUUGGGAGACCCAUGAAAUUAAGAACUUAGCCACUUAACUGGAAAAAGGCGAACCUUCUCUUUGGUCAAAGAAUCAUAUCUCCUGAUAGCUACUGGUAAAUCAGUGGCUGACAGUCGUGCAUUGCUUGGCAGUCUAAUGCAGAAAGAAAUGGCUUUUGCCAAUUAUUCACCUGUUCAAAGGACCCAGGCUUUCUGAUCUCAAGUCUUUGAAUCACUGAGCAGCCUCAUUAAGUCUGUUCCCUGUUCUCCACCUGGGUGAAUGAAUAAGGAAUCUAAGUUUACUAGUAUUUAUGCAUUAUUUAACAGGGUGAUCAGGGGUUGAAUGUGCGCCUUCCCCAUAUCUCCCUCCAACUCACUACUGAAUUGUCAUUCUUGUCCUCUAAUUCUAUGGCAGUGGUUCAGACCAUUGCCUUUUUGACAUUUUGUUUGAGCUCACAUUGUUUGAUUAUGUUGACAUGAUACAACCUUCACUUUUUCCCUGAUCUGGGGUCUCAGUAAGAUAACGGACAAUAGGGAGAGUAGUGGAGCUUGAGCCUUAGUGAGAGAUUGGGUCUGGUGUCAACACCUCCUCUGGUGGUCCUCUGAGUUGAGGACACCAGUACAUUUUACUGUGUUGUCCAACAAGACCUCCAGGCCCCUAUUGGAGAAUUGCGAUGCCAUCUUCUUCUUCUCCGACAUGUUCAGAUUCCACGUGUGAAUGAGCAAGGCAGCUUCACAAUUAGAAUAGAAUAGAAUAGCCUUUAUUGUCACAUGCAUUUGAAUGAGUGCAGUGAAAAUUUUGUAAUGUUGCAUCUUGGUACCACCUUUGGUACAGGGUAUCUAGAGACACAUACUUCAAGAGUUGCUACAGAAUUGGAAUAGUAAAAAAAAAGACUAGCAUUGGAAUACAGAGUUCUAAAAUUCCAGAGUAAUAAUAAAAACUAUAUUUGAAAUACUCAAAGUAUAGUCUUUUUUUCAUUGAGUCCGUGCCUGCCGGGCUGCAGAACAUGAGGCCUGUAUCCUGAACUUGCCUGCAGAACUUGUUCCCCCAGCUGGCUGGGGCUCGGUUUGCUCAUGCUCCAGGCCUUGGCCACGAUUCACUUCUGAGACUCGGUCCAUGGUCACUCUGUUUCUGCUCCAGUCUCCAGCCACGAGUCGCCUCCCAGUUUGGCCCGGGCUUGGUCUGCUCCUGCUACAGGUUCUGGCUGCAACUCGCUUCCCACACUGGCCUGAUCUGUUCUCUAUUCCCUCCAGGUAAAUUAGUUUAAGAAGUUAAAAGUUGGGGGAGGUGGAAAGAAAAAAAACUGCAGCAAAGAGGGAAAAAGGCAAAAAGAAAGGGAUUGUCGAGCAGAGGAGUUCUGGCUGGAGCAUCCUACUCUGCCGCUGUCAUGCCAGUGCUUGUCUGGAUGCGUGGACGCCUUUUAAAAUGGUGCAGCCCCAAAGGAUGGAAAUUCUUACAAAAAUAUUCAGUGCAACCCAGGCUUAGCCAAAGUAAAGUAAGAUUGAGUCCAUAUAGUCAGAAUAAAUGAGUAGGCAACAAGAUGGCAGGUGGACUAUAGUUUGGGCAAGUGUAAGGCUGUUUACUUUGAUCAUAAAAAUGGAAAAUUAGAAUACUUUUUUUAAAAGGAACGCAACCUCUAAAUGUAGAUUUUCAGAGAAAGCUGUGUGAACUUGUACAAGGAACAUAAAAUUGACAUGCAGAUACCGCAAUUAGAAAAGCACACUCCAUGUUGGUCUUCGUUGCAAAGGUAAUGGAGAAUAAUAAUUAGGAAGUCUUGCUGCGAUUAUACAGGACAGUGCUGAGAAUGUUCCCAGUGCAUUGUGCGCAGGCUUUGAUGGGACCAUUCCUGGAGUAUUGUGCACAGUUUUUGUCUCCAUAAUUAAUGGAGGAUAUACUUGGAUCAAAAGUGUUUCUUGGACUGGGAAGGUUUUCCUUUGAGGACAGAAUGAGUAAAUUCGGCCUAUGUUCUCCUGAGAUAGAAGAUUGAGAAAUGAUCUAAUUGAAAUAUAUAAAAUUCUGAAGGGAUUUAUCGACAUAGGCAAAGAGAGAUUGUUUCUCCUGACUGAGGAAUUAAAACACUGGGCCCGAGUAUGAGAAUCCAAAUGUUUAUCUGAGGUAAGGAGAAUUGCCCUCUCUCAAAGUGUUGUGAAUUUCAUGUUGUCUGCAGCAGAGAAUUGUGAAACAUCAUCACAUCUAUUUAAGAUUAAGAUAGGCAUAGUUUUGGCGACCAUAAAUGUCAGUCAAAAAAUUGCUGCAGUGCAGAAAGAAGCCAUUCAGCACGUCAUGUCUUUCCAUAUAUUUUAACUUGGUGCCAAUCUACCUUUUCCCUGCAAACCUGAACAUAGUUUCUAUUUAAAUAAUCAUUCAAUAAUCAUCAAAUAAUCAUGCCUUCUUGAAUCCCACAACUGAACCUGCCUCCACCAUAUUUCCAUACUCUAUCUACUUGCUGUGUUCGAAAAUUUUUCCUCACCUCACAUUUACUUUGCUUGCAGGAUAUUACAGAACUGUACCAAUUGAUUCUUGAUCCAUUUACAAGUGUAACAGAUUCUCCCUAUGCGUUCUGUCCAGACCGCUUAUGAUUUUGAAAACUUUUGUCACCUCUUCUCUUAGUCAUCUCUCCAAGGCAAACAGUCCCUACUUAUCCAAUCUUUCUUCAUGACCACAGUGACUUGUUGCUGAACCUACUUUUGUAAACUCUUCUGCACUCUCUCAAAUGCAUUCCUUCCGAUAAUCUGGCAUCCAGAACUGUACAAGAUGCCCAAGCUGACGCCUGACCAGUCUUAUAAACAUUCAUGAUAUUAGGGCAUGAAGGUCAGAGAACAGGUUUAUUCUAUUGUAGUGUUGCAAAAAUAUAGAUUGUAUUUGUUAAGCAACUGAGUAGAAGACUUCAACUAUUAUACCGAGUGGAACUUCCACCUCCAGGUAACACACAUCUUGACAUGGAACUAUAUCCUCAUUCAUUCACUGUGUAUGGGUCAAAAUCCAGGAAUGUAGUUCACCACUACCUUCUUCAGGGCAAUUAGGUGGGGUUAUAAAUUCAGACUUUGCAAGUAAUGCUCACAUUCCAUAUUUUAAAAAGUUAAAUAGAAAUAACUGGAAUAUCUUGUUUAAAGGAAAAUCAUUUUUAAAAUGUCUAGCAAUGAUGUUUUGAUUACUAUUCAUACACAAUGAAACUGAAAGAUUUUCUCAAAAUGGUACCUGCAAAUAUAAUUAUGUAUGUUAUAAUGUACAACACAAACCAAAUCAAAUUCGGACAUGGUCAAAUAUUAAGAAUUUGUAACUACAGUAAGAUGCCCCAAUUACCAAAAACAAUUUGAGAUUUGUGAAGGGUCUAAAGUACUUGAACUAAUUGAAAGGUUACUUGCCUUAUGUUGUGUGCUCCAGGGAUUAGUGUACAACACUUUUUAGGUUUGAAUUUUUGGAAGCUGACAUUUCUGGCAGCCGCAAUUUAAAACACAAACAAAUCAGUAAUCUCAUACUCCUGAUUCAUUUUUUGGAUGAUCCCAUUUUUUGAGUUUCUCCAGAGACAGAUUUUGAAAUGCUUAUCUCUGUGACAUGGCAAUAAUAAUAAAGUGGGUUUCGGUAAAUGAAGGCUCACUUUUCCCAGGAUCUCAGCAUGACACUAUAUUAAUAACCUGAGGUUGGCAAUGUUACUGUCGAUCUAUAUGAGAACUAUCCCUGGUAUUUUGUGAUAAAGAAUAACAAUACAGCAUUUGAUUAAUCUGGAUUUACUGAUCCUUAACUUAGUCACAAGUAAGUAAAAUAUUACAUUUCAGCAGUAUAAAUUUUAAUGUUUCUUUAUUUGUACAGUCUUAUUUUAAAGUUAAACUUAUAUGUGAGCCCUGGUAUGUUUCCUUUAAAAAUAACAGUAUUAUACUGACUGAUCAGACCAGAUUAAAUGUAACUGAUUAUGUACAUGAUAUC